ACCACCAUCUCUCAUCCAGCUGACUUCUUCACGAAAGGUCGUCCUGGUACUCACUACAGAAGCGGAUCUCCUGCUCGAGGUCAUCAUCAGGAAUAUCUGCGUAUCUUCCGACGGGAAACCAUGAUUGUGCCGCCAGACCGCGCCCUCCGCUGUGGUCUAUCACAGGCCAAUCCCGUGUGCAUGGGUUCUCUAAAGCUCUUCCAAUGUCUAUAGUAUCACGCUAGAUCUCUGCUAUACGUCGCACGCUCAGGGUCAGGACUCUUUCCAACUAAAUCCGCAUCACCCGACCGAGCAUCAAUGUCGUUACGAGAAAGAGCCGCCCCGGGAUCGCCGCAGCUUGCGUUCGGCGAAAACUCGAUUUUCGCCAGAAGGUCUAGUUAAUAUGCUUCUGACAGGAUCUGUCACAUAAAAGGGCGUCGAAGACGAGGCUGAACCUUCCCCGCUGCGGUCUCGCACAAUGUACGCGCUCACGAUGCCCCUCGUUGCUCUCAUACCCUUCCUCGAACUCAUCGGUCAAGUAAACGGGCUGCCUAAUGGGCUCUCUUCCAGUAGCUCUACUAGGAGCGCCGCCGCGACGGGAAUGCACACCGCUGCCGACGCGCAGGGCCGUUACUUCGGGACCUUCUGUGACCCCGCGUCUACGUACUGGAACGACGCUGGCUUCAUGGCCCUGGUCGAUAACGCCGCCGACGUCGGGCAGCUCACGGUCUCGAACUCCCUGAAGUGGGACUCGACGGAGCCAUCCCAGAACAGCUUCACGUAUACGAAUCCAGACCGGCUCGUCGCGUACGCUCAGGAGCACGGCUACAUCGUGCGCGGUCACACGCUCGUGUGGCACUCCCAGCUACCGUCGUGGGUGAACAAUGUGGCGCAAUCGUCGGUGCAAGACGUGAUGGAGAACCACAUUGCGAACGUUGCAGGGCACUACGUGGGCAAGCUGUAUGCUUGGGACGUAGUCAAUGAGCCUUUCAACGAGGACGGGACCUGGCGCUCGGACGCAUUCUAUAAUGCCCUCGGUGAUUCCUACGUCGCUCUCGCCCUGAACGCUACCCGUGCUGUCGAUCCGGACGUGAAGCUCUACAUCAACGACUACAACGUAGAGACCCCCGGCGCAAAGUCGUCCGCCCUCGUCGCCUUAGCCAAGUCCCUCGUCUCCGCCAGUGCGCCACUGCAGGGCAUUGGCUUCCAGGGCCACUUCAUCCUGGGGCAGACACCAAGCACGUCGACUCUCAUCUCGCAGUUCGAGCAAUACACGAGUCUUGGGCUCGAGGUGGCCAUCACGGAACUCGAUAUUCGUAUCCAGCAGCCAGCGUCCGCGCAGAGCCUCGCACAGCAGCAAACAGAGUUCCAAAAUGUGGUCGCCGCCUGCAAGGCGGUCGACCUGUGCGUAGGCGUGACGGCCGCGGGCAUGAGUGAUAAGUAUACGUGGGUUCCGAACACCUUCCCAGGAUAUGGGUCGCCUUUGAUGUUCGACGAAUCGUUCAAGCAGAAGCCGGCGUAUACCGGUGUUGUCGACGGGUGGGGCGCUUAGGCAGAUAUGACUGGUCGGUUAAUGGGUGAUGUACUGUGACUCUGCUUUGAUGUUGCUACGCGGGUUGAUCUAUGCAAAGUGUUCAGCGGCUCUGCGAGUUCUCGCGUGAUGCGGAAUGGUACAAGACCGGACGACAAUAACGAAGGAGGCCCGCGGUCCGCUGCUAUCCUUUUCCGGUGCCCUUUUGUUCUAAUUCCAUAUCUCGGCG